AUGGCUUCCGGUGCUGGCGUAUACCCUCCCCUUGAGAGCCGCCCCGUCAAGAACACCAUCUGCUUGUUCGAUGUCGAUGGCACCUUGACGCCUGCCAGACAGGCCGUCUCUCCCGAAAUGCUGCAGCUUCUCUCUCAACUCCGACACCAGUGCGCCAUUGGUUUCGUCGGAGGCUCAGAUCUCGCCAAACAACAAGAACAACUCGCCACGCCCUCUACAACCGUCACAGACCUCUUCGACUUCUGCUUUGCUGAAAAUGGUCUCACCGCCAUCAGACUCGGGGUGCCCAUGGCUAGCAACAGCUUCAUCCAAUGGCUAGGUGAAGAUAAAUACCAGAAGCUCGCCAACUUUGUGCUAGGAUAUAUGUCGAAAUUGACCCUGCCCAAGAAGCGGGGUACUUUCAUAGAGUACAGAAAUGGAAUGGUCAAUAUUAGCCCUAUUGGAAGGAGUGCUAGCGUCGAGGAGCGACAUGAGUUCGAGGCGUACGAUAAGGAACACAACAUCCGCAAGACUUUGGUCGCAGCACUGAAGAAGGAGUUCCCAGAUUACGGCCUCACCUACUCUAUUGGAGGUCAAAUCUCCUUCGACGUCUUCCCCACCGGCUGGGAUAAGACUUACUGCCUUCAGCACGUCGAGGCUGAGAAGUCCGUCUCAGGCGUUGAAUAUACCACCGUCCACUUCUUCGGUGACAAGUGCUUUGAAGGUGGAAACGACCAUGAAAUUUUCAGCGAUAAGCGAACCAUUGGUCACUCCGUCACUGGACCGGAUGACACCAUGAAGAUUGUUAAGGAAACCUUCAAGUUGUAG